UGAUCGAUUAAAUGUAUUGUUUACAAGUUUCGAGUGAACUGAAAGAGACUGACUCAGUUACCGUAGUAACAUUAAUAGGUAAAAAUGAUUGUCAAACAUGAACUGAAGAGGAAGUGAAUCGAAAGAUGAUGAUCAAGUGUACAGUUGAACAUUAACUCUGUGUGUUUGGGUUCAAUUGAGAAACAAGUCUAACUGGAUCAACGACGGAAUACAAAGUUGCGUCGACUUAAGCAUUUAACUCGUGGGAAAGCCAAUGAAAGAAGUCGCAAAACAAUGAUUAUGGGCGACUUUGAGACUCCACUGGAAGCAACACCAAGAAGCUCAAUGACCUCUUCAGCAAUUCCAAUUGUAAUAAAUGAUCCAAAUCGACAUGGAACCCUUAACCCAACCCAUCGACACCAACAUCUUCACCAUGACCACCCAAAUCAGGUGCGUCGCCAUCCAGUGACUCUUCAUCUGAACACAUCAAACAACACUUAUCCCUCCGAAUUGGCCACUUUACUUCGCCAUGUAGUUGAACAUUCAGGUUCUCGAAGAGCCGAUGUGCUGCGUGAUUUGCGUCGUUUGCUCAAGAAAAGUGGCGGUCAACUUCCAGAUGUCGAUAGAAUGCAAUUUUUCGAAGCUUUCUAUCCAAUGUUGAUUGAUGAUCGAUGGAAAGUUGUCUGUGAGUGUACAAUGCUAAUUGUCGAUAUAAUACCGCAAAUGGGUGAACACGAUCUGGAUCCGUGCAUGGCUAUUAUAUUACCUCGAAUUGUACCCAAUCUGGGCCAUGAAGCGACCGAUGUUCGAAGGGCUUCUUUAAGGCUUCUUCAUGUUUACAUGAGAUACACUAACAACUUGCAAAAAGUGCUUCGACUUUACAUUCAAUAUGGUCUUGAGUCACACGACAAGUCGGCCCAAAAAGGCUGUGUUCUAAGUUUACCUUUACUUUUUACCGAAGAAUUUUCGAAGGAAAAUUUGUUCCCUUUAGUUCAAUCGCUGGGUCACCUUCUUGUUCAUUCCGAUGCAUCACUAUUUUAUCCCAUUUUCCUGGCAAUGCAAAGACUUCACAGUCUUGUUGGCAAUGAAACCUUUCGUCUUUACCUUCAACAUCUUUCUCAAGAAACUGUUAGUUUGUAUCAUAAAGUUUUGUCUCGCGCAUCAACGGCUGAUUCUAAUGGUCGAAAUGAGGCGACAGUUUCACGAGAACCAAUUAAUGGGUUUGAGGAAAGAAAUAAAGAAGCGAAUGGAUCAACUAAGGUCAACUUGGCAUCAACCGAGUCUCCGAUUGAAGCUGCAAAAAUGACAACAAAUGAUAUUCAAAAGCCUUUAGAUGAACCAACAUUAGGUAAUGAAGGUGAAUCGCGUCAAGAAAAUGAAAGGAAAAUGUGCGAGAAUCCAAAUGAAUCUCGAAAUUUAUUGAAAAGCAGUGAUUCAGUGGAAUCGGCAUCCAAUUCAAGUGAAUCUAAAGCAGCAUUUACAAAUGAAUUUGUGCUCAUUUACGGAAUAUUUCCCGUUGCUGUUCACAAUCGAGCAACAUCAACAAAAAUGAAUGAAAAGUUGGAGGGACUCAAUCAGAUGAUGUCCAUAGUCAAGGAAGCUCCUGAUUCCCAUGUUGCAGGUUUGAUUCCCUAUUUACCAAGUUUCUUGGACAACUUCAUCAACUCUUUGGUCAACAAUCCAAACUUUAAAGUUACACUGACUGGUCUUGAAAUGAUUGAGAUAAUUGUUGGUCGAUUAGGAGCUUCAGCUUAUCCUUGCCUUCAACCAGUCAUCGACAUUUUACUGAAGCGCCUUGGCGAUGGUCGUUCAGUGGUCAGAGAGCACGAUAUCAAAGUGAUUCACCGGUUAAUGCUCCAUUGGCCUCCUCAAAAUGUGUUGGACAUUUUGUUGAGACACAAAUUCCAUCGCAAUCCCAAAGUUCGAGAAGAGAUUAUCAAUCGAGUUACUUUUGCUCUGUUGAUGUUUCCCCGAACCGAGUUCAACCUUGAUCGGAUAAGCUACGAGAUAGCAACCAUGUUGAUAGACCCAAAGAGACAAGUUAGACUAUCGGCCCUUGAAUCGAUUGCCGUCAUUGCUCAAGCUCUUGGACCAGCAAGAUUGGAUUCGCUAAUGUCGAUCGUUUCCAUUAUUGAAGAAACAUCCGAAUCAGAAGGUCUUGUAAAUGCUGUUCAAGCUCGACUUGCUCGUCGUGAUUUACCUCGAUGUAAUCCUGACGGAUCACUGAGAUAUGUAUUAAACGUUUCCAACUUUUCUGGUUGGUUUCCAUCAACUUCUGAAGCUGACAUUGAAUGGGUUUUACUGGCCUCAUCGUCACACAAUGGGACUCCUCCGAAACUGGCUCAUCAUUAUUUAGGCAGAUUCAAUGAACAGUAUCGUCGGUACACAAUGAAACAAGCUGAAUUGGAAGGAUUCAAUUUCGGUAAAAGACUGGAUGAAAGUGAACCUGAAAGUGUCUGCAAUGAAUCGGCCGAAGAAACUGUUUCCCAAUCAGUUGAACACAAUCAGAUAUUCCAGACUCAAAAUGAACAGAACGAUGAUCGCCAGCAGAUAAGCACUUGCAUCAGCUCUGAAGAUGACAAAAGUCAGCAAAGUGAUGAAUCGACUAAAAGCCGAGAUCUUUGGAGAUAUUAUUUUAUGAGGUUCAAGCAACAUUUGGCUGUAGCGACAUGUUCAAGUGCAAGUUCAGCCAUUUCAAGUCGAUCCAAAACUGCCGAUUGGGCUAAAAAGCUGGAAAAUGAGUUUGACAAAAGUUCUCGUCGAAGUUCAUUCAGCCAAUUGACUGAUUACAAUUCUCAUCAAUAUCACCAUUCAUAUCAAAAUCUUCAUUCUCAGCAUUUGGUUGGUGAUCAUCACGAUGGACAUGAUUUAACCAAUGAAGAAAAUGAAUCUCAAAUGAGUCAAAGUUACAACGAAUCGAUUCACAAUGAUAACGUCGGUUUAACCAUAAUCAACCCAAGAGACAAUCGUGCUUUUUCAAUGCCAACAAUACAAAUGAAUCAACUUUCAGAAUCUCAAGAUUCUCAUCAAACAAGUGACUAUCAUCAUCAACCCGAAAUCUUUUAUCCAGUUCACCGUAAAAGUGUCAACAUUUCAUCUUAUCCACGUUCAGUUCCGACAUCACCUGAAAAACGAAGCUCAUUCCAAACUGAAUCUGAUUUUGAUAUAUCAUUUGACAGACCGAGAUCGGCAUUGAAAUCAAGUCCAACUUGUCCAAAUCACGAUGAACCCAGUGAAUAUCAAAAUGAACCAAAUUCAUUGUUAGAGGUUUCAACCAACAAAGAGCCAGGAUCAAGACGAGGUUCAACCAUAUUGUCACCAAAAGAUGAUCAAAGAUUAUCCAAGGAAUCGCAAGAAAAUCAAGAAGCAAGUGGAGCUAAUCAGCGAUCAGUGUUGCCUUCGGUUAGCAUUGAUGAACCCACAGAAUCAGAAGAUAAUCAAAGUGACAAUAAAAGUGAAGGAAACAACCAAAUGACCAAAAGUCUUCCAAAUGAAAAGAAUGAUGAUGACAAUUGUGUGAUAAAUGAAGGGAAUGAGAUGGCCAAUGAGAAGAAAAGUGUUGACCAGAAUGAUAAUCAAACUGGUGAAGAGGAAACAGGUGAGGGUCAAGGUGGUGAUGUCGAUGGUAAUGGGUUGGAGGGUGAAGAGCAUUGUGAUGUUUCAAGUUCAGGAUCGAAAGAUCAGUUAGUCGAUGGUGAAGAGGGCGGUGAUGAAGAUGAAAAUGCGGUUCAAGAUGAGCAAAGUGGUGCUCCUGAAAUGGGUAAAGAGUCGACUAGUAAUGUUAAACCUAAAUCACGGACUCCGGGAAUGAAGAGAAAACCCAUGAUUCCAACUCGAAAACGAAUCUCGCGAAGCUCAUCACCAGUUCAUCGACAGCCUCAGUAUCACAUGAUAAGGAUUCAACCAGCGAUUCCGCCAAACGCUAAUAUAAGACACAUAAUGGAAAAUGUUGUCAAAACUGAAGGGCCAUUUGAUAAUCCACAAGAAGCUCUGAGAGCAGCAUUGGCAGCUUUCGGUGAAGAUGCUUGGACAACCAAGGUUGAAGGAAUGCUAGCUGUUACUAGGUUAGCCUCCUUUCAUCCAUCUGUCCUUCAGAAGGAUUUUCAUUCGGUCAUUGUUUCUCUGGUUGAUGAGGUAAAAAAUUUAAGAUCAAGUGUAUCGAGAUCAGCGAUAUUUACUUUGGGCGAUCUUUUUAGUAAAAUGAAGAAAUCACUUGAACCAGAUAUGGAGUUGAUUGGAUCGGCUUUGUUAGCUAAAUGCUCUGAAAAUGCUUCCUUUAUUCGAGAAGAUUGUGAAAAGGCUUUAAUGUCGAUGGUCGAGGAAAUGCCACAAAUUAAAUCGGCUCUUAUUUUAAUACAUUUUGGAGCAAAUCAUCGUAAUAUGAAUGUCCGUCGAACGGCAGCUUUUUUCUUAUCAAUUUUGGUUGAAAAAAUGGGUCCAGUUAAAUGUCUUAUGGGUCCAAAAGAUAUCGGUGAACAUUUACUUCAAUCAGCAGCUAAAUUCUUGAUGGAUGGAUCUCCUCAUACAAGAUUUUAUGGUAGAAAAAUAUUCAGUGUUUUACUUAAUCAUAGUCUUUUUGAUAAAUUACUUCGGAAACAUGUCGCACCAGGAACCUACAGAAACAUCUGUGGCAUUUUAGACAGCAUCAAACGAAGGGGAGUUGGAGAGAAACCAGCUGAUUUGAGUACACCGGUCAAGCCUCAAUAGUAAUCAGUCUUUAUUAGGAGCAAAUCAACUCUACCAUGUAGUUAUUAAGAUGAAAUGUCUCUGGAUGAUCUGGUUUUAAAAAAGAAAUGAAUUUCAAUGGACGUUUCUGUUAAGAUGAAACAGGUCGAAGCCGUUCGAGUUGAAACGAGUAUUGUUACUAAAAGAGAAAAAGUUGAAUGUAUUGUUAUUUAGAUUAAAAUUAUUACUGAUACUUUUCUGAUAA